AUGGCGAAAUCUUUUUAUCUUACUACUCCGAUUUUUUAUCCUAAUGACCGCUUACAUUUAGGGCAUGCUUACACUAUGGUGGUAGCGGAUGUUAUUGUUCGCUACAAAAAAAGCCAAGGUUAUCAAGUUUAUCUCCAAACUGGUAGCGACGACCACGGAGAAAAAAUUGCUAAAAGAGCCGCCGCUCUAAAUAUUUCCCCAGCCGAGUUACACCAAGAAAAAGUGCAAAAAGUCUUUACCAAGUUGCUAGAACAAGAUGACAUUUAUUUGGGAAAAUAUCAAGGUAAUUACUGCGUUACUUGUGAGGAUUACGUUAGUCUGAGCCAAAGUCAAAAUAAUUUUUGCUCAGCUUGUCAAACUAGUUUAAAAACUAUCGAAGAAAAAGCCUAUUUUUUACGAAUUGGCAAUCCGCUCACGAUUAAAAACGAGUUGCUGGCUAAUUUUCUGCAAAAACCUUUGCCGGAUUUGUGUAUUACUCGUAGUGAUGCCUUACUUAAUUAUCUUAACUCCCCAGUCGGAGAGUAUUUUUUCUUCCCGACCGCACCUGCUGAUAGUAAAGUUAAGGAGUUUGCUUUGUUCCCGGGAGGAAAAAUAGAACCGAACGAAACACCGGAAGCUGCUGCCAAAAGAGAAAUAUUGGAAGAAACUAAUUUAACAAUUACAGAUUUAGAAAGAAUUGGUUAUUUUUAUCAAACCCAAAAAUAUUCUGGCUCGGUAACAAUCAAAGCCCAAGAGAAAGAAGCAAUAGAAAAAAUUAAAUUUUUGACCAUCCCAGAAAUACAAGCAAUUAUUAAGCAAAAACCUGAUAGGGGUGUGGAGUAUGUAGUAGAAAAAUUAACCGGUGCUGAAAAAAGAAAAAAAUCUUGGGAAAUUGUGCAAAUAAUCGGCAAAGAUAUUGCUCGCUUCCAUGGUAAUGUUAUCGACCCUUUGGAAUUACUAAAAAAGUAUCCGGCUGACUUACUAAGAGCCUAUUUAGUUGCUAAAAUCAACCUUUUGCAAGACGGGGUUUGUUCGGAAAAUUUACUAAACGACUUUUAUCAGCAUUUUUUAGUAAACAAUCUUAGUAAUUUAGUGGCCCGAACCAGUAAGAUGCUGCAACUUUAUAAUGAAAGAAUUAUCCCCGAAUUCAAUGGUUCGGUCAACAAUCAAGAAUUAAAUAACUAUUACUAUUAUUGCGAUUUUUCGUAUCAGGAGUUUAGGAAAAAAAUGGAUAAUUACGAAUUAACCAAAGCCUUUCAACAAGUCCAAGAAUUAAUAAACGAGAGUAAUAAAUUAAUUACUACGCUUGCUCCUUGGCAACUUUACCAAGAUAAAAAUGUUAAUCUUUUACACCCGACUUUAAAUUAUUUGGUUAACGGAAUAAAAAUUAUUAGUUUCCUUCUGGCAUUUUUUUUGCCGGAAACUAGCGAUAAUAUUUACCAAAUAUUUAAUUGGGAAAAGGAAAAAAUAACUUGGGAUAAUUUAUUGGACUUUAAUCGUAUAAUCAGAAUCCGAGGAUUGGCCGAAAAAGUUCAGUUAAAACUAAAAAGAGAGGAGGAGGUAAUUUAUGUUGAAAAUUUAGAUAAGUUAGAAAGACUAUUAGCAAAGUUUCGGCAAGUGAAAUUACCUAGCAAUAUCAAGCCUUUGGUGAGAAUCGAUACUGGUUAUUUAACCAAAAAAUACUUGCAGGAGUUGAGCCAAAAAUAUCCUUGCCAACAACCCGUUUCUCAGAAAAAAAUUUUUUCUUAUCGUCAAAAAAAGCACAGUUAA